UUGAGGCUGCUGUGUCCCAACCUUUUAGGGUCAUGGAUCACCGUGGAGAAGUGAACAAGAAGCAUCAUCCUCCAAGUAGAGAAGACGAACUUUGGCGACUCGAAGGCAUAAGAAAAGAUGGCAUAUAUCACAAAAAUUUAUCCUCCUACGGCAUAAAAAAUGUGGACGACUUCUUGCUGGAAUACCAAAAAAUAGGUCCCGAACGUCUUAGAAAGCUGCUUGGUAAUAAAGUUCUCGAUAAAAUAUGGAUGACGAUGGUUAAACACGCUUUUCAAUGUCAGAGCUAUACCAUAUAUGAGCCAUCCUCAGAGGCAUAUUUGCCGGCAACUAAUAUCAUGGUAGAUGAAGCUUUUAACGACGGCCUUCACGUUGUUGAGCAAAACAAUUUGGAUUAUGAGUAUGAGAGUCUAGGAAUGUACUCUACUACGGAUGACUUUGGAUAUAAGCUUGGUGAUUUGUCGCCAUUGUUUAUUGGGAAUGACUUUCGAGAUGACUUUGGAUAUAGGCUUGCUGAUUUGCCGCCAUUGUUUAUCGGAGAAGCUUCAACCUCAUAUGAAGCAGCUACCGCCACAACUAUGCACACACUCACACCUAACACAAUCAAAGAUCUUUGAUAAGGUGAGUAUUCAAACUAA